AUGGCUAUUAUCUUUCGUUAUGUGGAUAAGAAUGGUUGUGUGAUUGAACGUUUCAUUGGCAUUGAACAUGUUGCUAAUACCACUGCCAUAACACUUAAAGAAGCUAUAGAUGCAUUGCUUUGUAAACAUGGUUUAAGCAUAUCAAGUUUACGUGGCCAAGGUUUUGACGGAGCAAGUAAUAUGAGUGGGGAACUUAAUGGCUUAAAAACACUUAUUUUGAGGGAGAAUUCCAAUGCUUUUUAUGUCCAUUGUUUUGCGCAUCAGCUCCAGUUAGCUUUGGUGGCUGUAGCAAAGAAACAAAGCAUUGCUCUCAAAGUUAUUCAAGCAUUGAAAGAUGGAGAACUUACAAGUGGAAGAUGCUUAAAUCAAGAAAUUAAGAUUAAGCGUCCAUCUGAUACACGUUGGGGCUCCCAUUAUGGUACGCUCAUAAACUUUACUGCCAUGUUCUCAUCCAUAAUUGAUGUGCUAGAUGAAAUAGCAUUUGACAAAGUAGGUUCUGAUCAGAAACAUGAUGCAUUUAUUUCAUUGGGGUUAUUGCAAUCUUUUGAUUUCAUAUUUAGUCUGCACUUGAUGAGGAUUGUACUUGGAAUUAGUCAUGAGUUGUCACAAGCCUUGCAAAAAGAUGAUCAAGAUAUAGUAAAUGCAAUGGAUCUAGUGAAAAUUUGCAAAACAAGAUUGCAAGAUAUGAGGGAUAAUGGAUGGGAUUCUUUAUUACAGCAAGUUGUUGCCUUCUGUGGCAAAGAAAAUAUUAUGGUUCCCAACAUGAGUGAUCAACAUCUAUGUAAAUGGAAAUCAAAACGCAAAAGUCCAGAAAUCACAAAUAUGCACUAUUAUCGCUUUGAUUUCUUUUGUGCUGUGAUAGAUCUCCAACUUCAAGAGCUAAACAAUCGUUUCAAUGAGGUCAAUACUGAGUUACUCCUUUGUUUGGCAUGUUUAAGUCCUCUUCACUCAUUUUCUGCUUUCAACAAGCAACGUUUGAUGCUUCUUGCUCAAUUUUAUCCGAAUGAUUUUUCUACAUCAGCUUUGUUGGUACUAGAGUCUCAGCUUGAUAUAUAUAUGGAUGAUAUGCAAUCUAACACAAAGUUUCAAGACUUGCAAGGAAUUUCUUAUCUAGCACAGAAACUUGUUGAGGCAGGAAAGCACAAGACAUAUCCAUUUGUCUAUCUACUCAUAACCUUGGCACUAGUACUUCCUGUUACAACAGCCACAGUUGAAAGAGCAUUCUCUGCCAUGAAUAUCAUAAAAAAUCGACUGCGAAAUCGAAUGGGUGAUCAGUGGUUGAAUGAUAGCUUAACAGUAUACCUUGAGAAAGAUAUAUUCAAUGUCAUUGACAAUGAGCUUAUAAUUCAACGAUUCCAAAACAUGGCUCCUCGUCGAGGACAGCUAUAG